GUUUCUGAUUGGCGCGCGCGCAUGUAACAUCCUAAAUGAGAACAAUUGUAAUAUAAAUGCUACAAAUACCAAGCGACGCAAAGUGAAACUUGUAUUACUGAUUCACAUUGAUUUUGUUUUCAGUAAACAAUGGUUCAACAAAAUAUCCAGAUUGGAUUGCACCGUAUGUCGAAUGAAACGUAUGAUAUUCAUGUACCAGGAGAGGAUGAGCAACGCAAAGGUAAUGUGACGUACGGCAUCGACGAUACUCCGCCUUGGUACCUUUGUAUAUUUAUGGCGUUACAACAUUAUCUUACGAUGAUUGGCGCUAUAGUAGCGAUACCCUUUAUUCUGUGUCCAGCUCUGUGCAUGGAGGAGACAGACCCCGAUAGAUCUAAUAUAAUAUCAACAAUGAUUUUCGUCACAGGUCUGAUUACAUGGCUACAAACAACAUUUGGCUGCCGUCUACCAAUCGUCCAGGGCGGUACCAUCUCAUUUCUGGUGCCAACCCUCGCGAUCCUGGGCUUGCCCGCGUGGAAGUGUCCGGACGAAGCGACACUGACUGCGAUGAGCCACGAGCAGCGACAGGCCGUAUGGAUGAGCAGAAUGUGUGAGCUAUCUGGCGCUAUUGCAGUAUCAGCACUCUUCCAAGUUAUCGGAGGAUUCUUUGGCAUUAUCGGGUCGUUGCUCCGCUUCGUAACGCCGCUGACGAUAGUGCCCACUGUGUCGCUGGUGGGACUCACGCUGUUCGACCACGCAGCGUCCGCGGCCUCGCAACAGUGGGGGAUAGCUGCCGGAACAUUCAUACUGCUGACGAUAUUCUCUCAAUGUAUGGCAGACGUGAAGAUACCCAUCUUGGUUUGGAAGAAGGGCGGGUUCACUAUCUCCUGGUUCCCACUGUUUAAACUAUUUCCGGUGCUGUUAACGAUUCUAAUAAUGUGGUCGAUCUGCGGUAUUUUGACCGCCACCAACGUGUUCGAAGUCGGGCAUCCAGCGCGGACAGACCUUAAAGUUAACAUCAUAGAAGACGCGCCCUGGUUACGUAUACCCUAUCCAGGCCAGUGGGGAGUCCCCACAGUGAGUGUAGCAGGUGUUUUGGGGAUGCUGGCUGGAGUCCUGGCGUGCACUGUGGAGUCUAUCAGCUACUAUCCGACCACCGCCAGAAUGUGUGCUGCACCACCUCCUCCCCUGCACGCCAUUAAUCGAGGUCUGGGUGUGGAGGGUCUGGGAACUGUCCUGGCCGGUCUCUGGGGAUCCGGGAACGGGACCAACACUUUUGGAGAAAACGUUGGAGCUAUUGGAGUUACUAAGGUGGGGUCACGCCGGGUGGUGCAAUGGGCGGCCGCUCUAAUGAUCCUCCAAGGAGUGGUCGGGAAGUUGGGAGCUGUGUUCAUCAUCAUCCCUCAGCCGAUUGUCGGAGGCCUAUUCUGUGUCAUGUUUGGCAUGAUCUCUGCAUUUGGUCUCUCUGCUCUUCAAUACGUAAACCUGAACAGCUCCCGCAACCUGUACAUCAUAGGAUUCAGCAUCUUCUUCCCACUGGUCCUCACGCGCUGGAUGUCAGCGCACAGUGGUGUGAUCAACACGGGAGUAGAAGCUCUGGAUGCCGUGCUGCAAGUCUUGCUGUCCACGUCGAUUCUAGUCGGAGGACUCGUUGGCUGUCUGCUGGAUAACUUAAUACCUGGAACAACUGAAGAGCGUGGUUUGGACAAGUGGGCUAUGGAGAUGUCCUUAGAAGCAGCUGGCUCCAGUCAUGGGGACACGUAUGACUUCCCUGUGGGAAUGACAUACAUUCGCAGAUGGAACUGGACAAAAUAUUUACCAUUUAUGCCGACUUACGAGAGUGGAAAGUUUACCGCGCUCUUCAAGAUGAACAAACAAAGUUGAAUUAUUCAGAGAUUUAUAUGUCUUCAGACAUCAUCAGGAUUCGAAGAUAAAUUGAAAAGCUUUGAUUAUAAGUGAUUUAUGUGUUACGUUAGUUGUUUGUUAUAGAUGUGAUAAAGAAUUAAAUGUAUAAUAUUUCUUUGGUUAGCUCGACUGUUGCACAUUCAAAUCAAAAGAAUAAUUAUGUAAAUGUAACUGUAUAAUUAAUAAUGUAACUUUUACGCAAAUAACUUAUGUGAAUAAUUGAUAGAUGUAAUUCAAAUAUUUUUUAUUCAAAAUAGGUGUUCGACAAAUACGCACUAAAUAGUCAACAUGAUUCCUGUAACUGUAAAUCAUUAUUUUAAGAAAUAAAAAAAAAUGCAUGCAAAGUACAUAUGUCAGAAGUGAAACUUCUUUGGCAAAAAAAAUGUUAA